CGCUUGCUGCUUUCUCCUCCGUGCUUUCGUCGUCGUAUCAAUGGCGGCUUUUCUACUCUUCGCCCUGGUCCUCACCACCGCCAGUUCCGUGACCGCAAAACCCAGCAUCGCCAAAUCCCAAGCCGAUGGCCUCACGGCUCUGCAGGUGGCGUGGGGCGAGCUGGAGCCAACAUGGGCCGUUGGAUCGGACUGCAGCAAGGCCUUGGGAUUGUCGUGCGACAGUGAGGGCAGGAUCGUUGCUGUCAACCUGCCAGCUGGCAACAUAUCCGGGUAUAUCCCCCAAGGCAUCAGUGCUCUCAAGAGCCUGCAGCGGAUAUCGCUGCCCAACAACCAGCUGUUCAACUCCCUCCCUGCCUCCCUUUCGGCACUUACCAACCUCACUUCCAUUGAGCUAUCCAAUAACAACAUAACGGGCUCCAUCCCCAAUGCCAUCUUCAAGCUUACUCAGCUUGAUAUCCUGGACCUAUCUCGCAACAAAUUCACAUCCUCCCUUCCAGAUGCAUUCGGCUCACUCUUCACUCUGCAGAAGCUUAACCUCUCAAUGAAUACCUUCUCAGGCACCCUCCCAGCAUCCAUUGGCGAUCUCAACUUUCUCGAAACUCUUGACCUGCAUUACAACAGUUUCUCAGGCUCGCUCCCCGCCUCGCUCGCCCAGCUCUCUUCCCUCACUCACCUCGACAUAUCAGUCACGAGCCUAAUCUGCCCCAUGGAUGGCACCUGCCCCAAUUAUACCGUCCCCAUGUCGUCCCUCUACUGCGAAAAGUGCUCCUCCUUCUGCCGUUACUGCAAUGAUCCCAGCAUCACUCGACCCCCUUCCACACUAGCACCAACACCGGCCCCAGCACCAACACCGGCCCCAGCACCAUCACCCCCAUCCCCGUCACCCGCUGCAGCCAAACCUCCAGGCUCUUCCUCUACAGGGGUGCCCCCAUCACCCUCCCCGGCACCACCCCCCCCUCCUCCUACUCGCUCGGCCUCCCCUUCUCUCCACCGCACUCCUCCCACCUUGUUUCGUCUAUUCUUCCUCAUCAUCUCCUGCCUGCUGCCUGUUGGCCUGGUGUGAUGAAGUGUAAUGUUUUGUUUUAGUCCGCGCAGCAGCAGCACGGCUAGGGAAGUCGGUUCUUGGCGGUGAGCUGUCUAGUUGUAACUUGUAAGCAUACGUCGUAGUAGACUGGAUAAAUAGAUAAUGUUGUAGGACAUCCAAUGUAUUAUUCAUUGCUUUGUUUGUUGUAACAAAUCAAAUCCAUCGUAGUGGUAUUCUCUCCACACGAAAUGAGAAGGGAU